GCCAGCGCGAGCAUCUGUUCUAUCGACGUGAGUUGUAACAAGUGUGUAACACGGGGUAUAUCGCAAUCUCGAAGGAAAAUACCAAGGGAUACCGCGGGGAUAUUACGUAUCAAUAAGAAAAAACAGUUCCAGAUCGAUUUGUUGGGGACCGAUCCGAUCGAAUGACGGUGGGUUCGUCGAUGUCUCGCCUUGGACAGACAAGGAAGAAGCGAUAGACAAUGUCGAGAGACCCGACGAUGAUCGCGCGGGAUACGCCUCAUCGAUGAUGUUAAUCCGAGGGUUCACCCACGUAUCCCUGCCUACGAUUGCGCAACGAUUGGACGGGAAGCGACGAAACAAUGCGAACGUCGUCGUAAGCUAAACGGAGAGCCAACUGUCGGAAUCGUGACGUGGCGGCCUUCGAGUGAUCGGGAUCGGGACGAUCCCCCGUCUCUUCUCGCGGGAUUCGAAAAUGACAAUAAGUCGGCGGCGACGGCGGUGAUAUGAUGAAACGUUUCGUCCGCGGCGUUCGUCCGCCGUCGUUAUCGCGAGGAUGACGAGAACGUGGACGGUAUACGGCUUCACGGGGCUCCUCGUCCUCGUACCCGUUACCGUCUGCGCGACGAUCACCUACGUCAACGGCAACGAGGACUCGUCCCUGCGAUGCAACGAUCGCAGUAACGCUAAUCGCAGCAAUAAAACCUUCUCCCAGUGUAAAUACGAUGUCGACUGUAUUCCGAAUGCGUUUUGCCGGAACCAGCAGACCUGCUCGUGCAAAGACGAUCAUAUCGAGUUCAGGAAUAAUAAUAACUAUAAAUGUUUGAGAGUGGCUACACGCAUCGGCGAUCCCUGCGAGGAGGACAUCCAGUGUGAGUUUACGUUUACACCGCAAUCGGAAUGUCGAGGAGGCACUUGUCAAUGCGCCCACGAUUCCCACUUCACGGAUGGGAGGUGUUACGAGUCCGUCGGUUUGGGAAAACGUUGUCGCUCGAACCGCAAUUGUCAUAUCAAGAAUACUUUUUGCGAAUACGGUUUUUGCACUUGCGGUUUGCGUCAUCAUGCGAAUCUUGACAACACCGACUGUCUGCCGAGCGCCAAGUUGGACGAGCACUGCAACAGCGAUGACGAAUGCAUCGUGGAGAAUUCAAAGUGUAUGCACAACAGAUGCGACUGUAAAGUAGACUACGUGCUGGCCAAGGGCGAUCAGCGGUGUUUGAAAGCCGCUUCCUGGGUCGGUGAGAAGUGCGAGCAGCAGUCCCAGUGCCAACUGUUUCUGAAGCAUAGCCAAUGCGGCGCGAACAAGACGUGCGAAUGCGUUGCCGGUUCCCACAGACGCGGUCAUCGAUGCUUCGUCGACGUAGAACUGGGCGGCCGUUGUGAAACUCACCAUCACUGUAUCACCAUGACUUUGAAGAACUCCAAUUCGACCUGGAAAUCGAAAGUGGACUGUGUUGACGGCUUCUGCACUUGUACCGAAGGUUAUACAUUGAUGGAAGAGCUGCAGGAUUGUGUUCAGUUCAGUGAUAAUGGUGCAACGAGAUGGCAAGUAUAUAGAAUACUUUCUAUCGUCGUUAUCGUAAGAUAUCUCAUGCGCGGUGGAUAACAAUUCGUAUUCAGCAGUAUGAGAAUUAAUUCAUCGAUUUAUUAAUUUAGAGUAUUUAAAGAUACAAAAAGUAGGUUAUUAAUUUAUGUAAUUUAGAUCCGUAAUGUUAUAUUUAUCAUCGUAUUUAUUUAAAUUGUUAUUUAAAUUUAAACUUUAAACACUUGACUAAUGUAAAUUUGCUACUGUAACUAGCUGCUAUAUUAUAAGCAACCAAAGAGAAUCAGCACUUUUUCCCAGAAGAGCAAUGAAUCUACUGAAUUAAUGACACCGUUUUAUUUCUUAUUUCUUUUUAUAAUAGUCAGUCAUUGAGACUAUAGGGUACACGUGAGCAAAAUGUCAUUCAAUCUCUAUAGGUACAUGUAAAGCAUCGUGUUAUAACUACACACAAUUGUGUUCUAUUUCUAUAACAAAAUAAUACUUUACUAUGUUCUGUAAAAUA